UUCGAAUACGUAAAAGCAGAAGUGCUCAAAAAUGAUUGCGUCGAAGAUGUUAUUAGGGCUGACAACCGUGGAUAUUUGACUGUAAUUUCUCUGAAUCCAAUGGUUCAACAAGGCAUUAAGGAGGAAAAAGAUUGGAAAGCAGCGCGUAAGACGCAUUACGAUAUGGGAAUGAAUUAUGUUGAGAUUGGCGUUGCUGCCCGCACCUUACCACGGAUCAUCGAUGGUGGAAAAAUGAAAGUUGGCGUUCGCAUGCGUUUCCGACACACGCGAAAGACAGGAUUUGAACCAGUUGGAACCCCUACAGUGUAUUGGGCCAGUCACAAAUGUCAUGCUAAACGAAUAGAACAAAUGUGCGAAAUGUGCUACUAUAAUAGACUUUUGACAGAGUAA